GAGUUGCAGUUACCGCCCUCCAGAGAACUCUCGGUAGCAUCCAUGAGUCAAACAAGUGGUGGUGAGGCAGGUUCGCCUCCUCCAGGUGUAGUUGCUGCUGAUGCUUCUUCAGCUCCUUCCUCUUCCUCCAUGGGCGGUGCUUGCAGCUCCUUUACCACCUCUUCCAGCCCCACCAUUUACUCUACCUCAGUCACUGACAGCAAAGCUAUGCAAGUGGAGAGCUGCUCCUCAGCCAUGGGGGUAAGUAACCGAGGGGUAAGUGACAACCAGUUAACCAAUCACACAGCCCAGCAGCAGCAGCAGCAGCAGCCACAGUCCACCCCGAAGAGAAACACGGUCUUGUACAUCUCGCCACCACCAGAAGACUUGCUGGACAACAGCCAGAUGUCCUGCCAGGAUGAGGGGUGCACGUUGGAGUCCGAGCAGAGCUGCAGCAUGUGGAUGGAGGAUUCCCCCUCCAACUUCAGUAACAUGAGCACCAGUUCCUACAAUGAUAACACUGAGGUGCCGCGUAAAUCACGAAAACGAAAUCCAAAGCAGAGGCCAGGGAUCAAACGCCGAGACUGUGAAGAAUCGACCAUGGAUAUCUUUGAUGCUGACAGUGCCAAAGCUCCUCACUAUGUCCUUUCUCAGCUCAGCACGGACAGCAAAAGCAACCUGAAAGCAGGAAAUGGAACAUCAGAAGUGGCAAAAGCAACUGGAGGGAAGAAGAGCCCUCUGUUAUGUGGUCAGUACCCUUCUAAAAGUGAGGGCAAGGAGCUGAAGAUACUGGUGCAGCCAGAGACCCAGCACCGAGCUCGCUACCUGACUGAGGGCAGCCGGGGCUCAGUGAAGGACGGAACACAGCAGGGGUUCCCCACUGUAAAGCUGGAAGGGCACAACGAGGCAGUGACCCUGCAGGUGUUUGUAGGGAACGACUCUGGCCGGGUGAAGCCUCAUGGAUUCUAUCAGGCCUGCAGGGUUAUGGGUCGAAACACCACACCCUGCAAAGAAGUGGACAUUGAAGGCACUACUGUCAUUGAGGUGGGCCUGGAUCCAAACAACAGCAUGACCCUGGCGGUUGACUGUGUAGGAAUCCUGAAGCUGAGGAAUGCUGAUGUCGAAGCACGAAUAGGCAUUGUGGGCUCCAAGAAGAAAAGCACUCGAGCAAGACUGGUGUUCCGCGUUAACAUCCCUCGGAAGGAUGGCUCCACUCUGACGCUACAGACACCGUCCACCCCAAUUCUGUGCACUCAACCAGCAGGUGUGCCAGAGAUCCUAAAGAAAAGCCUGCACAGUUGCUCUGUGAAGGGGGAAGAGGACGUCUUCCUGAUCGGCAAGAACUUUCUGAAGGGAACCAAAGUGAUCUUCCAGGAGAAUGUGUCUGAUGAAAAUUCUUGGAAAGCAGAAGCAGAAAUUGACAUGGAGCUAUUCCAUCAGAACCAUGUCAUUGUGAAGGUGCCACCAUAUCAUGACCAGCAAAUAACUGCACCUGUUUCCGUGGGAAUCUAUGUGGUGACCAAUGCUGGGAGAUCGCAUGACAUACAGCCAUUUACGUACACUCCAGACACAGCCGGUGCUCUGAACAUUAGCGUGAAGCAGGAGACCGCCAGCCCAGCCCAGCCCUGCUCUUUUGACGAAGCCGUCACAGUGAAUCCCAGUGGCUGCAACUUGGAGAAGGUAAAUAUCCUUCCCAGUGCCCUGAUAACUCCACUCAGGCCAAGCAGCGGGAUCAAGAGUGAAGAGGCUGCUCCAAUGGAACUUGCGGCUGAGAAACCAUCUCCUCCGGUCUUUAAGGCAGGCAGCAUAGUUGGGCCUUCUUCAGCGGCGCUGGAGAGCAGCCUGCCCACCAUGCUGGGAAGUGGCACUUUCUCCUCCUCGGCUUCUCACUUGGCCUUGGCUUCGGAGGGUGAACAGCAGCAGCUGCAGCCCAAAGCGUAUGCUCCAGAGGGGAUGCCCAGCCUCCAGACGCAAGACAUCGCCCAGCCGGGCAGCUUCCCAGCCGCCUCGGCUCCCGGCCAGCUGCAGAACAGUGACGCCUUGUUGCAGCAGGCAACUCAGUUCUCCUCGAGGGAGGCCCCGCCAGACCCUGCCGCGAUGACCCUGUCUCAGUUGGCCGAGGCUUCCCAGCAGCAGCAGCCCCCCCUGCAGGAGUCGGCCCAGGCCCUGCAGCAGCAGCAGCAGCAGCAGAUCUCGUCCACCAUGUUCUCCUCGGCGGAGGGGGUGAGUCAGCUGCAGAACACCAUCCAGCAGCUGCAGGCGGGGAACUUCCAGCCCAGCGCUGCUGGCAGCGGAGGAAGUGGGAGCGUGGACCUGGUCCAGCAAGUGCUGGAAGCUCAGCAGCAGCUGUCCUCCGUUUUGUUUUCUGGCUCGGACAACGAGGAUGUUCAGGAACAGCUCAACGUAGAGAUGUUCCAGCAGGUCAGCCAAAUGCAGAACCGUGUUAGCCCGGGGAUGUUUCCCUCCUCAGAGUCGGCCUGUUCGAGAGCAGAGGACCUUCUCUCCGGGAGGACCGAGAGCGCCCGCCAGCAGCCCGAGAGCUCUUUGUCCAGCCAGCAGCAGGCCAUGGAGACCUCUGCAGCGAUGGUGCUGGAGAUGCAGCAAGGCCUCUGCCAGGCUGCCGGCCAGAUGCAGCCGGACCUGUUCUCCUCCUCUACCACCUCCUCGGGAAACGGAAGCCUCCAGCAGCCUCCUGUGUACCAGCAAGCUUCCCACAUGAUGGGUGGGCUGUCGGCCUCAGAAGACAUGCAGAUGCAGUGUGAGUUGUUCUCUCCAGCCAAUGUGUCUGGCAACGAAGCUGCUACCCCACCCCAGCAGCAGGUCUCUGCCGGCGGACCCACUUUGUUUCAGUCUUCUGGCUCCGCUGAGAACGAAGAGGCCUCAGGCCAGGCCGAGCAGAUGCAGAACACCGUCUUUCAGGCCAUGGUCCAGAUGCAGCACAGCGGAGAGAGUCAGUCUCAAGUCAAUCUGUUCCCUUCCUCCGAGAACAUGAUGGCCGUCCAGGGUGGCGGGACGCAGCAGCCAGGGGGAGCCCUGUUCCAGCAGAGUGGGGAGAUGAUGUCUCUGCAGACCGGGAGCUUUCUGCAGCAGGCUCCCCACUCCCAGGCACAGCUUUUCCAUUCUCAGGGCCCGAUGGGAGAUGCCCAGAACAUCUCGCAGGAAACCCAGGGCUCACUCUUUCACAGCCAGAGCACUUCCUCUUCCUCUGAGCAGUUGCAGCCUCCAAUGUUUCACUCCCAGAGCAACAUGGGAGUCCUGCAGAGCAGUUCGGUUGUGCAAGACCAGCAGCCGAGCAGCAUGUUCCUCACCCAGAGUUCCAUGAGUGGCUCUGUCACGCAGGAGGAGCAGAUGCCAUUCUUCGCCACCCCGAGCGCCAUUUCUUCCCUGCAGACAUCUGCGAGUGCCGAGCAGCAGCCCUCAUUCCAGCAGCAGCAGCAGCAGCAGCAAGCAGCUCAGCUCUCCCACCUCCAGGGCCCUCUGCUUUCCCAAGAGCAACCCCAGAACCCGCAGCAGGGCCUGUUCCAGCCGCAAGUGUCCCUCGGCUCCCUCCCUCCCUCUGGGGUGUCCCCAAGCCAGCAGGGGGCCAUGUUCCAGUCCUCACACUCACUCGUGGCUCUUCAGAACAGCGCCUCAACUCAAGAGCAGCAGCAGCAGCAGCAAAAUAUGCGGUUCAGCAGUCAGAAUUCCCUGGGCCCAAUGACGUCUCAAGAGUCCAACAUGAUGUUCAGCGCCAGUCCCGGCUCGAUGGCCAGCCAGGAGCAGCAGCAGAGCCAGUCUCUCUUUCACCCCCCAACUGGCAUGAAUCAGGAGCAGCAGCCCAUGCAGUUCCAGAGCCAGAGACAGGGCUCUGCCCAAGCCGAGCCACAGCAGCCCACCUUGUUCCACAGUUCUCCCCAGAUGCAGCUGGUCCAGGGCUCGCCCGGCUCUCAAGAGCAGCCGGUCACCCUCUUCAUCUCUUCCGCUUCCAUGUCUGCCUUGCAGAGCAGCAUCAGCCAGCAGGAGCUGCAGCAGCCCUCCCUCUACUCUUCCCAGGGCAGCAUGGCCAACAUCCAGAGCACUUCGUCACCCCCCCAGCAGCAGCAGCAGCAGCAGCAGGCGGCUUUGUUCCACAACACACACAGUGGUGCCCUCAACCAGCUGCAGAACUCCUCAGCUUCAUCUCAGCAGACAUCUGGGAUAUUCCUCUUCGGCAUCCAAGACAACUGUGGCCAGCUCUUAACAUCUGGACCAGCUGCCAUGUCAGAUCAGAUGCUCUCCAUCAGUCAGCCACAGGGUGAGGCUCAGCAGUCUGUCACAACGCUCCUCUCUCAGCAACUGUCGGAGAGCACCCAGCUGCCUUCCGCCAUGACCCCCAAUCAGAGCAUGAAGAAGAUCGAUGACCUGCUGGUGUCUCUCCAGAACCAGGGGAACAGUAAUAUGGCCGGCUCCUUCUAAUGGCCUGGGAAGCGCCCUGAUGGGAAAGGAGACUGGGAAGAUCCCUUCAGCUCUUGUGACUAUUGGAUGUUUGGAGUCAAAUCCCCCCUCUCAAAGGAUCACCUGGACCCCAGGCCAAACGUAGCCUCCACCCCACUUUUGCAAGUGCACCCACAUUGAACCGCUGGGUAGGAGCCUCGGGAGAGAAGCUGAAGAGCUCCACUUUGCUGUGCCCAGGCCCGGGCGGUCCGCCUGUCUCGAGCCCUGCUGGGGGGACGCAGAGCCGGGCUGUUCAGGGGCCACUGCUGCUGGGCAAGGGAAGCGCGCUCCGGUCCGUCCUUCCCUUCCUUUCUUCACAGCCACUGGAGCUCCUGGGGAUGGGCCCCGUGUAUCUUUCUGUUACUCCAGAUCCUGAUCUGGCCGUCUCUGAUGACGACAGGUCCCGUGGUUGGCAGCUGCAAGUGGAAAUGGUUUCCACUGGACCAGGCGAGGCAAG